GCGCCAUCUUGGAUGCCAGGCCUAACUACUGGCAGAUUUUGCCUCACAGAAGUGCUUCUUUAACAAAAAAAUGUCACCCACACAAAGGCAGUAGUUUAUUUAACAGAGCCAUUAAUGGGGACAGGGCUCUUUGCAGUGGCUGACAAGCCCCAGGAACAGCUCUGCUCAAGGCAGGAGGCACUGAAGCCUGUCAGAGGCUUUGCACUCUGGGGGCUUCUGAUUGAAGUAAAUAAUCAUCAUGUCUGACCCAGUUGUUCUGCGUAGCAUCAAGAGAUUGGGAGAGGAUAACUAUGCUUUCGACUUGGAUGGUAAAUGUAACAGCUUGAAGAAAUCAGAGAAUUUCUAUAUAUAUGAAGAACCUUUUAUAGAGAAGAAAAGUGAAAAGUCAUCAAAGAAGAAAGAAAACAGUGUUCGUGUUGGCUUCUUUCAGCUGUUUCGAUUUGCUUCAUCUACCGAGAUUUUAAUGAUGGUCGUUGGUAGUUUCUGUGCUAUUGUUCAUGGAAUAGCCCAACCAGCUGUGUUGCUUGUGUUUGGUGCAAUGGCAGACACAUUUAUUGAGUAUGACAUUGAAAUGCAAGAGCUUAAAGACCCAAACAAGACAUGUGUAAAUAACACCAUAGUGUGGAUUAAUGGUACUAUUCAUCAGAAUGAAAAGAAUGUCACAGUAAGAUGUGGGCUGCUGGAUAUUGAACAAGAAAUGACCAGAUUUGCAGGAUACUAUGCAGGAAUUGGUUGUGCCAUACUCGUGUUAGGAUACCUCCAAAUCUGCUUUUGGGUUAUGUCUGCAGCUCGUCAGAUACAGAAAAUCAGGAAAGCUUAUUUCAGGAAAAUAAUGCGAAUGGAUAUAGGCUGGUUUGACUGUACAUCUGUAGGAGAACUGAACACCCGAAUUUCUGAUGAUGUUAACAAAAUUAAUGAGGCUAUUGCUGACCAAGCAGCAAUCUUUAUCCAGCGCAUAACCACUUUUGUGUGUGGAUUCCUACUGGGAUUUGUCAGUGGCUGGAAAUUGACCUUGGUUAUCAUUGCAGUCAGCCCUUUGCUUGGGCUUGGAGCGGCUAUCUAUGGCUUGGCUGUGGCAAAACUAACAGGACGAGAAUUAAAGGCUUAUGCAAAAGCUGGAGCUGUGGCUGAUGAAGUGCUCUCAUCCAUCAGAACAGUGGCUGCUUUUGGUGGGGAGAAGAAAGAAGUUGAAAGAUAUGAUAAGAAUCUGGUGUUUGCUCAGCACUGGGGAAUUCGAAAAGGAAUAAUAAUGGGAUUAUUCACUGGUUAUAUGUGGUGUAUAAUUUUCCUAAGUUAUGCAUUAGCCUUUUGGUAUGGUUCUAAACUUGUCCUUGAAGAAGAAGAGUAUUCACCUGGCACUCUUCUGCAGGUUUUCUUUGGUGUUUUAGUAGGAGCAUUAAAUCUUGGCCAGGCAUCUCCCUGUCUGGAAGCCUUUGCCACUGGUCGUGGGGCUGCAGCAGACAUUUUUGAGACAAUAGAUAAAAAACCCACCAUUGACUGCAUGUCAGAAGAUGGCUACAAGCUGGAUAAAGUACGAGGUGAAAUUGAAUUUCAUAAUGUAACAUUUCAUUAUCCCUCCAGACCAGACAUAAAGAUUUUGGAUAACCUUAAUAUGGUUAUUAAAGCAGGGGAGACAACAGCUUUUGUUGGAGCUAGUGGAGCUGGGAAAAGUACAACGAUGCAGCUCAUCCAGCGUUUCUAUGACCCCACUGAAGGCAUGAUUACCCUGGAUGGCCAUGACAUUCGUUCCCUGAAUAUCCAGUGGCUGCGCUCACAGAUUGGCAUUGUUGAACAAGAGCCGGUGCUCUUCGCCACCACAAUAGCAGAGAACAUCCGCUAUGGUCGGGAUGAGGCUACCAUGGAAGACAUAAUCAAAGCAGCCAAACAGGCCAAUGCUUACAAUUUCAUCAUGGACUUACCACAGAAAUUUGACACUCAUGUUGGAGAGGGUGGAAGCCAGAUGAGUGGAGGUCAAAAACAGAGGAUAGCUAUUGCUCGAGCUUUGGUGCGAAACCCCAAAAUCCUGCUACUGGAUAUGGCUACGUCAGCACUUGAUAAUGAAAGUGAAGCUAUUGUCCAAGAAGCACUUCAUAAGGCUCGCCUUGGCCGCACAGCGAUCUCGAUAGCUCACCGCCUGUCGACCGUCAAAGCCGCCGAUGUCAUCGUGGGGUUUGAGCACGGAAGGGCUGUAGAGCGAGGAACUCAUGAGGAACUGUUGAAGAGGAAAGGGGUUUAUUUUAUGUUGGUGACCUUGCAAAGCAAAGGAGACCCAGCACCUACUACAGAAGAAACAGAAACUAAAUUAGCAGAGGAUGAUGUGGUUGAGCCAACUCUUGAGAAAGUCCAGUCGUUCAGCAGAGGAAGCUAUCGGGCCAGUUUGAGAGCUUCACUUCGGGAGCGCUCGAGAUCUCAGCUCUCUAAUCUGGUCCCUGAGCCUCCAUUAUCUAUAGGAGGAGAUCAUGCAGAGUCUACGUAUCUUACUUCUUAUGGAGAAGAUGAUGGAAAAGCAAGAAAGGAAUCUGUUGUGGAGGAAGACGCCAAGCCUGUAUCAUUUACCAGAAUUUUGAAAUACAAUGCCUCCGAAUGGCCAUACCUGGUGCUUGGAUCUCUGGCAGCAGCUAUGAAUGGAGCAGUCAAUCCACUCUAUGCUUUGUUAUUCAGUCAGAUUCUUGGGACCUUCUCCAUUCUUGAUGAAGAAGAACAAAAUACCCAGAUCAAUGGUGUCUGUGUGCUCUUUGUCUUGGUGGGAGUUCUUUCAUUUUUCACACAGUUUCUACAGGGAUACACCUUUGCCAAGUCUGGUGAGCUGCUUACAAGGCGCUUAAGGAAAAUUGGCUUCCAGGCUAUGCUGGGGCAAGACAUUGGCUGGUUUGAUGACCGGAAGAACAGCCCUGGGGCUUUGACUACAAGACUUGCAACAGAUGCCUCACAGGUCCAAGGGGCAACUGGAUCACAGAUAGGAAUGAUUGUCAAUUCCUUUACUAACGUUGGUGUGGCCAUGAUCAUUUCUUUCUACUUCAGCUGGAAACUGACCUUAGUUAUAUUGUGUUUCCUGCCAUUUUUGGCCUUAUCUGGAGCUGUGCAGGCUAAAAUGCUGACAGGAUUUGCCUCACAGGACAAGAAAGCACUGGAAGCUACUGGACGGAUUGCCAGUGAAGCUGUCUCUAACAUCAGGACUGUAGCUGGGAUAGGGAAAGAGAAAAUGUUUAUCAACAAUUUUGAGAAGCACCUGAAUAUGCCCUAUAGAGCUGCAAUCAAAAAAGCACACGUUUAUGGGCUCUGCUUUGGCUUUGCCCAGAGCAUAGUGUUCAUUGCCAACUCUGUCUCCUACAGAUACGGGGGGUUUCUAGUUGACUCUGAAGGACUCCAUUACAGCUUUGUGUUCAGGGUGAUCUCUGCUAUAGUCACCAGUGGAACUGCUUUGGGGAAAGCUUCUUCCUAUACCCCAAACUAUGCCAAAGCCAAAACAUCUGCUGCACGCUUUUUUCAACUGGUCGAUCGGCUUCCUAAAAUCAGUGUUUACAGUGAAAAAGGGGAAAAAUGGGAGGAUUUCAAGGGAAGUGUUGAAUUUCUUAAUUGUAAAUUCACAUACCCUUCUCGGCCUGAUAUUCAGGUUCUGAAAGGACUCUCUAUCGCUGUUAAGCCUGGACAGACUUUAGCUUUUGUUGGAAGUAGUGGUUGUGGUAAGAGCACCAGUGUCCAGCUUCUGGAGCGUUUCUAUGACCCUGACAAAGGAAGUGUGUUAAUAGAUGGACAUGACUCUAAGAACAUAAAUGUACAGUUUCUUAGAUCAAAAAUUGGAAUAGUGUCACAGGAGCCCGUGCUAUUUGACUGCAGCAUUGCUGAUAAUAUCAAAUAUGGCAGUAACACAAAAGAGGCGACCAUGGAAAAAGUCAUAGAAGCAGCCCAGAAGGCUCAACUGCAUGAUUUUGUCAUGUCCUUGCCUAAUAAAUAUGAAACUAAUGUUGGGGCACAAGGAUCCCAGCUGUCUCGUGGGCAAAAGCAACGCAUUGCCAUAGCGAGGGCCAUUAUCCGAGAUCCUAAAAUUCUAUUACUGGAUGAAGCUACCUCUGCCUUGGACACGGAAAGCGAAAAGACUGUGCAGGCAGCGCUGGAUAAGGCCAGAGAAGGGAGGACCUGCAUCGUCAUUGCCCACCGCUUGUCCACCAUCCAGAACGCCGACAUCAUUGCGGUGAUGUCCCAGGGACUCGUCAUUGAAAGGGGCACUCAUGAUGAACUGAUGGCCAUGGAGGGAGCCUAUUGGAAACUUGUUACUACUGGAGCCCCUAUUAGCUGAAUUACUGUGAUUCUAAAUUAGAAAGAUUUCUGUAAACAAACUCUUUAUGGUAGGUAUGUGUAUGUUGGUGCUCCAUUUGCUACGAAGUGCUCUACAACACUGAAGGUAUGUAGCUCUGCAUCAAGCACAUUUGUCCAGCACAUGCAGGGGACUAGGCACAGGCUAAUGCAUUCAGGAAGUAAAUUAGCCCACUGAUAGGGGAAAGCAAGCCUGAAAACGGGAAGGAUCUUUUCUGAUGAUCUGUGGAAUUGCCACUAGCUGCAGUCAGACGGCACAGUCCUGUCAUGCCUCAACUAGCAAUCAAGGAAGACUCUGCUCCAGUGUUCUGGAAACUGCCCCUUCUCUAGGUAAGCUGAAUGAGUGAAAACAAUCCCAGGAAUGAUGCUGUACAUAUGAAGGGAUCACAUCUCUCCUAAUGUUCAGUCUGCAGAGGAUUACAGCAGAUCCCUUUCCUGUGGGUACAGAACCCCCACCCUUUCACCCCGUACCACACAGGUCAGCUGUGCUGAGGAGGAGGCUGCACUCCCCCAUGUGUGGCCACAGCACUGACACCACGGUGCCCCUUCAACAAAACCAGGAAGUACUUACAAAGAAGGCAGCUCCACAAAAGUAAGGAAAGCAAUCAAGGCGAGGAACAGAAGGUGGUGAGGAUCAUUUACUAGCCCACCACUCUCCACCUAGCACUCACCAUUCUAAUCAAAGCUCUCAAAUAGAUUUUUGAAUAGGAAUACAUGCUUUGGAUAAAUUAAUGUAAAAUCCUGUUAAUCAUCAGUUAUUUAAACCAGUUCUUUUUUUUUUUUUGGAAGGCAAGACAAUAAUGUGUAUUUUUAUAGAAAUCAUAAUCAGUAAAGGUGGAAAACCCCCCAUAAUUAGCUCUUUGUUUGCAUUAAAUACAGUUGAUAAACACCAACAAUGCAUUCAGAUAUGACAAAAGUCAAAAAGGAGCUUCUUUUGGCAGAAGCUUGUAUCUAUCACAGUUUAUUACAAGAUCUACUGCAGGUUUCUCUGAAAUAUGAGUUAUUGUCUGCAGCACAACAGCACUCUUUGCUUUAGUGACUAGGAUCUUGGAGACAAAGCAGAUAGACUGAAAGUAUAAAUUACAGUUCCAACAUUUAAAUAUUGAUUUUGAAUAAUAGAGUAUUAACCAGAAAAGUCAUUCUCCAUGUCCUAAAAUCUGCAGGGCAGGGGGCGGUUUCACUCACUUUAUAAAAAAAUCACACCACUUUUUAUAAAACUACGUAACAGUAUCAGUAAUUGAAUAGAGCUGUAAGGACGAAAAUUUUAUUAGGAUACAUCCCUUAAUUCCAGGCAGCAAAACCCAAUUUCAACUUUUGUACAAAUCCAUUAAUAGAAUUGCUGCCAAAGUCCCUACUGAACUCACACAGCUGGCACUGAAAUGGCUAUUUUCUCAAGUCUGUAUUUUAAACCUUAACUAGAAAUUAAAAAAAAGCUGCAUUAUUUGCUUUAAUAGUUUCAGCCUUUUUAUGUUUCAGAGCAAUAAUUAGUUUGAUGGCUUAGGACUGAAAAUAUCGUCAGAGUAUCAAUAUAAAUAUCAGUAUGAAUAAGCUACUGACAUACCUAUAUGAUAUUUAAUUUAUAUUAGUAUUUAAGGCCAUGGAAAAAUAAUGACUCUUUAUUAAAAACUACCAUGACUACGUGUACUUAUUUCAUACGUCUUUUGCCUAA